AUGGCCGCGCCAGUGGAACAGCAGAUCCAUAGGGAUCCUGCCCUCUUCUACUGGAUCCUCCUGCCCAUCACAAUAGUCAUGAUCUUGACUGGCAUACUCCGACACUACCUCUCCACCUUGCUCCAGACCACGCCAAAGAAACAGCCUCUCGCCAAGAUCCGCGAAAUGCGUUCACGUUUGCGCAUGCAGACUCUCCGCGCGAACUAUGCCCAAGUCUCGAAAUCGGCAUUCGAUAAGCGGAAAGAGUAUUUCAUCGAGGAAGUAAAAGAAGGCAAAUUCCUGGCGGAUCCGGAGAACCGAGGCAAGCCUCCAGCAAAUCCUCUCACAGAUCCGGGCGCCAUGGACGGAAUGAUGGGCAUGAUGAAAGGUAAUAUGGUUAUGAUGGUUCCGCAGAGCUUGAUUAUGGGAUGGAUCAAUGCAUUCUUCUCGGGUUACGUGAUCAGUGAGUGUUCAGCGCAAAUAAGUAACAGCAGCCAGGUCUCAGGAACUAACAAUGCUCCAGUGAAACUCCCCUUCCCAUUAACACCUCAGUUCAAGCAAAUGCUGCAAGCCGGGGUCGGAACUAGAGACUUGGACGUGAGGUGGGUGUCUAGCUUGAGCUGGUACUUUCUCACGCUCUUUGGCCUUCAGCCGGUUUACAACUUCAUCCUGGGUAGCAACAAUGCUGCCGAUCAGGUGACGCAGCAGAUGGCGCAGGCGCAGAUGGGCCAGAACCCUAUGGGUGGGCAGGAGGAUCCAGACAAGAUUUUCAAGGCGGAGAUUGAGAAUUUAGAGGUCAUUGAGCACCGUUAUAUCCUAGACGGCAUAGAAGAUAGACUUCUGGCUAAGCUCGGUGCGGAUGUAUAG